AUGCCCGAGCCCACCAAGCAUCAGCAGCAGGGUAGCAACCCCAUUUCGAUCCCGGGAGGCCGUAAUGAGCAUGAGCACGAGUCUAGCGGUAGCCCGCAGCGACCUUCUUAUUCGCCUGUAACGCCCACACUAUCUCACACCAGUCUGGCGCAAGAUGAUGAUCGGGUGGAAUUACCACCCUCUCAAUUCAUGGAUGAGCCCGACCCAGUACCCAUCGACCUUGACGAUAAUCCGGAUGCCAUGGCAUUGAGAGCAACACUGUCUGUCCUGCAACUGCAGCGGCAACAAGCAUUGAGGGAUAUGCGAGAUCUCGACAAGAUGAAACAAGCGGCCAUGGAAGACCCUGAGCAAUUCGUUAAAGACCUCCAGGAGGGCAAACUGACGGGUCCUCCGCGGCAAGGAGUUGAGGUAGACGAGAUGGAGAGUCUAGAACAUGAGACUCCCGCUAGAGAUGGCUCCAAAUUUGGCAGAUUCCCAAGUGCACAAAAUGUUAUGCGAAGUCCACCGGUGGAAUGGGCCAAGUACCACGUCGUCGGCGAGGCCCUGGAUCGUAUCCACGAAGUGCAACAACAUUAUCCUGGGUACACUGAAGAUAUGCAGGGCCGUGCAGACCAACCCUUGCCCCAAACGGUGGCAGCGCCUUAUCGGCCAUUCAUGGAUCGCCUUGAUGGCGCGCAAGCCGCUUCAAAACCUCGAGCUUCGGAGCCGUGA